AUGGCUAAGGAAAGAAUCAGCUCGGCAGAGUUAGCGCAGCGCAAAGAGGAAUACUAUGAGCUAUUAGCUUUAUGUGAUAGCUCGCUUCGAGACGUACUUAAUCAAAGAGGCGGAUUAAUACUCGCCCGUGUCGGACGCUAUCAGCCCUGGCCGGCAAGGUAUAGUGAGCCCGGAGAAUUUGCCAAAAUGGCGAGGUAUCGGGCCAAGAAAGGGCAGGCAUGCGUAUAUUUCUUUGGCAGUAGGAACUAUGGUUGGGUCUCGAAGUCGUCCAUUCAACCAUUUCCCGAAGACCUAACAACGCUUACCGCGUCGACGAAGUACAAUCAACUGCACAUUCAAGAAGCGCUAGAUGAAGCAAAGAUUGUCAUAGAUAUGACGGAUGAAACGGGUAAACGCUUCUACGACCGCAUCAUGGAACGCAAAGAUGAGGCGGUUGAUUUGCCUUGCGAGCGCUGCAAUAGAGUAGACGACCAUUAUUCGCUGCUCAUAUUGUGUGAUGGAAAAGAUUGCAAGCGCGAGUAUCACAUGAAUUGCUUGAGCCCUCCUUUGGUGUCAGUUCCACCUGGAGAAUGGUUUUGCCCUGACUGCGAGAGGGAGCGUGAAAAAGAACUCGAACGAGAGCUACUAAAGCGUACGAAGACAGAAUUGAUGGGAAUUCAGGAUCCAAAUUCAGCCAUAAUGAAUGGGAUGGAUGGUAUGUUGCCGUUAGCUAAAAUAUCGUCCUUGAAAAAGACAAAGAAGUAUAAGUACAAACACAAUUCCAGAGAUGGCAUCGCAAAGCGUCGGUUAUCCACUGUUUCUCCAGAUACUUCGGUCGGCUUAACAAAGAAACCGCGAGGUCGUCGUUCUUCGUCAAGGGAGGUCUCACCUUCAUCGAAGAAAGACGAAUUAUUGCUGAAAAGACUGGAUGGGAGGAGAAAGAAGGCAACUCAGCUUUCGGUUUCGAGCAAUAGAUCUCAGCUCUUCUCCGACCCAGACAGUGGUACAGCUGGUGACGAGGUGCGGUCGGAGGAGAAGUGUUUGAUAUGUGGUUUUGGAGGAGAGCUCAUUGUAUGCGAGUUUAUCGGAUGUACAAAGGUCUAUCAUCAGUUUUGUCUGGGCUCAUAUCCGUUUCCAAAGGACGAAGAUGCAAUUUGGUUUUGCCCUCGACACACAUGUGCACUGACAGGAGGAAAGGAAACAUGUGAAGACGCUGAAAAGUCGUCAAGUAAAUUAAAACAUGCUUCUCCUCGCAAGACAAUUACAAGGAAGUUGCUUUGGAAAUGUAACGAAUGUCCACUCGCAAUUUCAGAUGAGGCCAUGCCGCAGCUACCACAUGGACAGAUUUUUUCCAAGAGAGCACGAAUUUUUCUGUGCCCUCAUUGCUACCUGAAUGCGCCGUUCAAAGUCCAGCUUGCCAAAAAACUUGAAAAGAUAUGGUCCACACUAGCUACGAAUCGACAGGGGUUGCCGUUUUGCGGUCCUCUGCUGUGUGGAGUCGAGUCGGUUGACGGUCAGUUCAAGGAACAUUUGAUGCAGAUGGAUUUAUUCAAAAUACUUGCGAAAAUUCGCCGUUUAGAAUACGAAGAAUUUUCGGCUUUUUCGUUAGAUAUUGAUUUGGUGGUCGCUAAUGCUCUUGAGUUCAUUGCGAAUCGAUCAUUACCUUUGAUGGAAGCUGCGAGAACGCUUAAGAUUAUCUGCAACGAGCAAUUUGCUAUCUACAAGCAGAAGCUUUACUUUUUAGAGAAUAAAUUACGCCGUGCACAGACUGCUCACACGGAUAGACAGGAUGAUGAAGGUGUUUCAGCCGCACAGUGGCCACUUCGUUGGCGGCAGGAAUGUGGCCCCUUUGAAGACAGGUACUAUGCUCAAUUGGACUCAAAAUCGCUUGAGGAAUGGACAGCGUUUGUGACGGCAGCUCCUUUAUACGCUAAAGGAAAUGAAUUUGAUAAUCGUAUCGUCGCUGGAACACACAGCUAUGACGAGCUAAGUGGUAAUGAAGCUACCUCACAGCGACCCCUCGCCUGUAUGCAAAUUAGAAGGCCAUCGUUAGGAACCGCAGAUAUGCUGCCAAGUUUCCCAGCAGCAAUACGACCGGAAGCAGCUCUUAGCUUGUCGGACAAAACGGAUGUAAUGCUAGCGCUUGGGGACUUGGCCAGGCUAGGAUCUGGCAUCCAGAAACGUAAGUUAGGUUGUGAGCAAGCUCAACAAUUGGACAAUCUGGACGCUCGAGAAUUCUUUCUUUCUCCGUCCACCAGUGAGAUGCAGCACAUGUUCAACCAGCAGUCCACCGUCCUUCGUAACGCCUUAGAAGCGCACUCUACACUGCAACGGUCGUGGCUCAUUAGCCAACAGGAUAUGCUGGAGUUAGGAGGAAGCGGUGGAUUUUCUGUCGGUGAAGGUCGCCUCGCUGCCGAGCUCCGACUGGCGAAUAAGAAUUUAAGACAGCGACUACGAAACAAAGAUAAAUUGGUUGAUCAGCUUACUUCUGACCACAUGGCGCUGCGAUCUGAGGUUAUUAGUUUACAGAAAGAACUGUCGCAAAGCAAGACGCAUGCUCGUGAACUUGAAGAUCGUAUCGCCGUUGUCCAAGGAGCCAAUGAAAGCCAAAUUGGAUCCAAUCAGGAGUAUUUGGAUUCUAAAUCGAUUGCGGGUGCUAAAGCCAUGCCAGAUCGAAGUGCGGACGAGGAGCACUUUUUCUAG